AUGAACACGAUUUCCGCGCAUAGUGAAAUAUGCGGUCCCGAUAUUGAACAACACACCGAAGGCAAGGUUAACGGAUUUGACAUACCAGGAAGUGCCAAGUACAACUUCAUACCAGCAGUUCAAGAGGUUACACUCUUAGAGGAAUCGUUGAAGAAAACUUUUCAAAGAGUGGUUGGGUGGGCAUCAUGGGUGCCCCGAAACACAUAUGAAGAUAUCUCAGUUGCGGUAAACCGACUAGGUUCCAACGCUGCUAAUCCAGAUGUGAAUGGCUAUAACAAGAUGGUAUAUUCUCUUAGGUACCUUAAGGAACAUUCCGACGGAAGGCUGGUAUACAACAGGCUGGGUAAGUCAAGAUUCCAAAUCACUGAGUAUUCUGAUGCAAGUAUUGCUCCCACACCUCACAGGAAAUCUAUCUCCGGGGAGUAA